UGACUAGAGGAGGAGUUAACUGCACCUCUCUUUCAGGAGGUUUCAGCUGGUCUGUCUCUCCUUCUCCUUCUCCAGUAACUGGAGGUCCAGGGUCUUUCUUCACCAGCCUUAAACUAAUUUUUCAGAAGGUUUGGGCUGCUUCCCACUGCUACAGCCAUGGCACCUAAAAAGAAUAAAGCAGCCAAAAAGAGUAAAGGAGAUAUAAAUGAUAUCUUGGUGGAGAACAGCCCCAUCAACAAGAUUAAUGGCUUAAAUGCUCUGAUAGAAGGAGGAAAUGGCUUCAGCUGCAUCUCGACUGAGGUUACAGAUUCCGUGUAUGCCCCAAACCUCCUGGAGGGAUUGAGCAACAUGAGGCAAGACAGUUUCCUGUGUGAUCUGACAGUCGCCACCAAAUCCAAAUCGUUUGACGUCCACAAAGUUGUCAUGGCCUCCUGCAGUGAGCACAUUCGAAACAUUUUGAAGAAGGAUCCGACUCUCCAGAAGAUUGACCUGAAUGACCUUUCACCUGUCGGUCUGGCCACCGCAAUCACUUAUGCAUACUCUGGAAAGCUCACCUUGUCACUUUACAGCAUCGGCAGCACUAUUGCAGCAGCACGCUUGCUUCAAAUUGGAACCCUGGUAAAGAUGUGCAGUGAUUUUCUCAUGCAGGAGCUCAGUGUGGAAAAUUGCAUGUAUGUGGUCAACAUUGCUGAAGCUUAUGACCUCAAGGAAACCAAGGAGGCAGCUCAGAAGUUCAUGCGGGAGAACUUCAUUGAGUUUUCUGAGAUGGAGCAGUUCUUGAAGCUCACCUAUGAGCAGAUCAGUGAAUUUCUCUCAGACGAUUCCUUGCAGCUUCCCUCUGAGGUCACAGCCUUCCAGAUUGCUAUGAAGUGGUUGGACUUUGACGAGAAGAGGCUGAAGUAUGCCGCAGAUCUCCUGACUCUCAUCCGCUUUGGGACUAUCUCUGCCCAGGACCUGGUGAAUCACGUCCAAAGUGCGCCUCGAAUGAUGCAAGACUCUGAGUGCCAUCGUCUCCUUGUUGAUGCCAUGAAUUACCAUUUGCUGCCAUAUCAACAGAACAUCCUGCAGUCCCGGAGGACGAAGAUACGAGGUGGCCACAAGGUGAUUGUUACGAUUGGUGGACGGCCUGCCCUGACGGAGAAGUCCCUCAGCAAAGACAUUCUCUAUAGAGAUGAAGACAAUGUGUGGAAUAAGCUGACGGAAAUGCCAGCAAAGAGCUUUAAUCAGUGUGUAGUUGUUCUGGAUGGCUUCCUGUAUGUGGCAGGUGGUGAGGACCAGAAUGAUGCGAGGAACCAAGCAAAGCAUGCUGUUAGCAACUUUUGCAGGUAUGACCCACGAUUCAACACCUGGAUCCACUUGAGCAACAUGAUUCAGAGGCGCACCCACUUCAGCCUCAACACCUACAACGGCCUGUUGUUUGCCAUUGGAGGGCGAAACGCUGACGGUGUUCAAGCCUCCCUGGAGUGCUACGUCCCCUCCUCCAACCAGUGGCAGUUGAAGGCCCCCAUGGAUGUGCCUCGCUGCUGCCACGCCAGCUCUGUCAUCGAUGGCAAGAUUCUGGUAUCAGGAGGUUAUAUCAACAACACUUACUCCAGGGCUGUGUGCUCCUACGACCCCUCCACCGACAGCUGGCAGGAUAAGAGCAGUUUGAGCACCCCUCGAGGGUGGCACUGUGCAGCCACAGUUGGAGACCGAGCCUACGUCAUCGGCGGCAGCCAGCUUGGAGGGCGUGGGGAAAGGGUGGAUGUCCUGGUUGUCGAAUCUUACAACCCUCACAACGGACAGUGGAGCUACUGCGCGCCUCUGCACUCAGGGGUCAGCACAGCCGGUAUCUCUGUUCUGAACAAUAAGAUCUAUGUUCUGGGAGGAUGGAAUGAGGGGGAGAAGAAGUACAAGAAAUGCAUUCAGGUUUUCAACCCUGAUCUCAAUGAAUGGAUUGAAGAUGACGAGCUUCCAGAAGCGACAGUCGGCAUUUCGUGCUGUGUCAUCACCAUACCCACACGGAAAACACGAGAGUCGAGAGCUAGCUCGGUUGCCUCUGCACCAGUCAGUAUCUAAGGAUUUGGAUUAUAACAGUGAUGUAGUUUACGUGUCUAUAAGGUUGUGUACGAAUUCCUUCAUUACUCACGGCUUAGUGCACUAUACCUAGGGCGUUCACCUUUUUUUGGGGGGGGGUUCAGAUCUACAAUUCCAAAAUCCUAGAAAUUUCCCAGAAGUCUCUGCAAAAAACUAGUGUGCAUUAAUGCUCACUAGAUUGGUGAAUAUAGAACAGAAUGCAUUGCACUAAAUGUUUGCUUGAAAAAACUGUAUGUACAUUUAUUUUUUUAUGAAUUAUCAAAGUUUUCAUCAUCAGAACACCGUGGAUUCAUAAAUAGUCUUCAUAAAAUGUUCAUAUUUAUUAGGUUUUUACUUGUGCAAAUGGGUGACGUCACAUCUAGAUAGUCCCCCACCGUGUAAUCUUUUAAGGCCAAGAGUAGUGAGGGAAUUCAGACACAGCCCACAAUUUAUUUGAAAUAUAAGUCAGAUUUUAGAUUCUCUUAUAAAGUCCUUGUAGAUGAGCAAUUUACUACAAAAUGAGGUACGUUUCAAAAGGUGAAAACAAUGACAAUUCAGGCGCUGUAUACUUUACGAAGUCUGAUUGAUGUAUUUAUACGGUGGCCCUGAAGUGCAAAUCACACCAACAAAUCACUUAACACAAAAACAUAUUAAAUACAACAAUUAAACGACAAAACAUUUUAUGUGUAACGACAAAACCAAAACACAAUUCCAAAAUAAUAAAACAAAGUAAAAAUAAAACGUUGUGGAUUUCCAGAAGUCAAAAUGAAAUGUUAAAAUACACAAUAAAAAAAACAGAAAAGGAAGGUACUAUGGGACAUCGCUGAUUGGAUGACGAUGUUUUGAUUUUUGACUUUUGAGUUUUUUUCAAAUACGUCUUCAAUGUCUAAAUGCUAAUAAAAGUUUUACAGAGCAUAUCCAGUAUCCGUCAUUCAUUCAUACAUCUUCUAAACCCAUUUUGUCCCUUUCGGGGUCACGGGGAUGCUGGAGCCUAUCCCGGCCACUUGUAGGCAUAUCCAGUGUCACUUCAUGUUAAAUAUCUGUCAGUUGAAAUGAUGGAAAAACUAUUGACAAUGUCCCAUAGUGCUUACUUUUUCCAAUUUACGUAAUAAAAACAUAAACAUUUCAUAAAAAACAAGUCAUUUCUAAAAAAUUACACUGUGAAAUGUUGAAAAACAAAACACAAUAAAAAGGCAGAAAAAGUAGUUACUGUGGACAUCGCUGAUUGGAUGACGCCGUUGGUUCAUCGUUUCAGUCGAAAAUUAUUUGGCAAGAAGCGCUAUAGAAUCUGCUCCGGGCUAACCAUAAAACUGUUAUUAGUAUGGAGACAAUCGCAUUUGGAAAAACUCAAGUCACAAAAAUAAAACAUCAUCAUGCAUUAUAGCGGUGUCCCAUAGUACCGACCUAUUCCCGUUUCUUAUGGUUUCGUUUUUUAACAUUUCAUUUUCAGUAUUUCAUUUUUAUUUUAUUUUUUCACUUUUUUGGAAACUUGUUUUGAUUCCUAAAUUGUAACGUUUUUUUGUUGUUGUUUUUUUAAUUGUGAUCUGUAAACAUGUUUUUGCCUUCAAUGAUUUGUUGGUGUGAUUUGCACUUCAGGGUCACCGUAUGUUUAUGACCAACAAAUGAAAGUAAACUAUCAUUUGGUCAUUUUUAGACAAGUUUAUUUCUGGGGCCAAAUCAGUUGGAAUAUUUUCAUAAACCUUUACAAUAGGGAUACACAACUUUGUGUCUCACUGAAAAUUAAACACAAAAUCCCACGAAAGCAGUAAUUCUGAUGUAAAUGGUGACUUUAGCUGCUGUGACUCUCACAUACUUGAACAAAGUAAGAAGCUGGAGUUUGGUAACACCUAGAUGCUUGUAAGGAGUGGAUUACACAAUACCACUGUGGUUUCUUUAUGGCUGCCAUGGACAGCUUUCAGUAUAAGAUUGAGGGAAACCGGUGGUCAUUUUGGAACAAAGAAAAAUAUUGUGAAAGACGCUCCGUCAUGUCUUUCCAUUUUUUUGCUCUUAAAUGUAACAGAAGAAUGUCAUCUACAAAAAUAUUUAUUUAAAAAUAAAUAUUUUUUUUGUGUGUGUGUGGAAUAUCAUGAAAUGGAGUGCAUCUCUGAGGAACUUUUUGGGAGGAUGACCCAUGUGACAUCCAAACAAUAAAAACUGUAAUAAAAUGUAAGUGAAAUGUUAAACGUUUUUUGUUUUUGUCUGCAACAAAGCAAAAUUGCAUCGAGUUUAAACUUUCCUGAAGCAUCACUGAUCGAUAUGUUAACAUUUAAAUUUGGGGUAUAAAUCUCACAUAUAUGAAUUUUCUUGUUCGUGCGGAAAGCAGCAUGUCAUGCUCAGCACCCUUUUCUUCAGUGCAACUUUGACCCUGUUUAAAUAUUGAAAACUGCUGUGCAACAAGAGCAGAUACACACCCUCUGUUGUAUAGUUUAUGAGUCAUUUUACCCCUGAACACAGAAGAAAACUGCAUUGUUUAGCCGUUACAAGACAUUUACCGAUAAAAUGGAUCCGGAGAAACACUCCCUUCUGUGCAUAUCUUUGAGGAUCAUUUUACACAACAGACACUGACUGCUGCUUCAGUUUUUGCCUCGGGGUGAAAUGUGGUCUGAUCAAGCACUUUUUUUGCUACAUGUGAAAGAUGGAAGCAUCCACACAAGACUGUAAAGAUUUGUCUUCUGUUUGUCCAACACUGCUGCAGAAAGAUAUGCCCCUAUUUCAGAGGGAUGAAGAUCAUUUGAAUCCAUUAAAAAAAUAAAGAAAAGGAACAUCA